UGUCCCUCGGACACAGCGGAUCACUGAUCACGGAAAGAAGAGCCGAAGAUGUUGGUUCGGUCAUGUGAUCAGCUGUGUCCAAUCACAGCUGAUCACUGUGCCCUGAUGAUCAGUGUAGCCCCAGCAGUGCCACCUGUCAUUGUCCAUCAGUGCCUUGUGUCAGUGCUCAUCAGUGCCUCGUGCCAGUGCCCAUCAGUGCCACAUCAUUGCCACAUAUCAGUGCCUACCAGUGCACAUCAAUGCCACAUAUCAGUGCCCAUCUGAGCUGCCUUUCAGUGUCACCCAUCAGUGCCAGUUAGUGCCACCUAUCAAUGCCAAUCAGUGCCACCUAUCAGUGCUGCUAAUCAGUGCCAGUCAGUGCCACCUAACAGUGCCAGUCAGUGCCGCCUAUAAGUGCCAGUCAGUGCCGCCUAUAAGUGCCAGUCAGUGCCACCUAACAGUGCCAGUCAUUGCCGCCUAUCAG